AUGUGGAACAAGAACAAAAAACUCAUCAGACCAAAGUACACCCACUUGCCUACUGAUAGUGUCGUCUUUGCCCGUACGCAAACAACCAGCUCUAUCAUUCACCCCCCACCCCCCUCAAAAUCUGCUACCCGCAUCACCCGUUUCCCUCCUCUGUCUCUUUUUUUUUUUUUUGGGUGUGAUCUACUUGAGAUCUCUGCACCGAACGUCAAACAGAUUCUAGGAAAGUACUACGACGUUUACAACGGUCUUUUGAGUCCCUCGACUCAGAAAUCUUUGUGUACGAUACAUCGUAUUCCUUCUCAAGGAAUCUAG